GUCCCGCCGCGCUGGCAAGCCCCAGUCCCCGCCAGCCCAAUCAUGCUGGCGCUUUAAGGACGGGCGGGGCCGGCUGGGCGACAGCGCUGGACACCUGGAGCUGCCCGGAGUCCGGGCCACCCGGAGUCUCGGCGAGGACGCGGAGGAGAGGUGGGGCGGGCGUCACCACCGGAGUGGAGGGCGAGGCCCGGGUCCCGCGCGCCCCUGGGCGCCCCACAGCAGUCUCAGAGCCCCGCGGGGAGCGCGCAGCCCUCGGGGCGGGCGCCGUGGGUGAGGCCUGGCUCGGUCCCUGCGCACCGGGUGCGGGCGGCCGAGAGGGCGCGGCUGGUGAGCCCCGAGAGGGCCCGGGAGCCAGACCUCGGUUUUGCGGGCUGGGGAGCAGGGCUCGGGGGCAGCGGCCAGGCCCCUCCGCCCCUAACACCCGCGCCUCCUGCAGACCCGAGGGUCGCCGCCGGCAGGGUCGCUCAGCCCUGGCGUCCUCCACCACCACACCUUCACCCGCGCCCGGCUCCCUGCGCGCCUGGACAGCGCCUGCUGCCCGCCUCCUGAUGGCCCUGCCCCAGAUGUGUCCAGACGGGAGCCACGUGGCCUCCACCCUCCGCUAUUGCAUGACAGUCAGCGGCACAGUGGUUCUGGUGGCUGGGACGCUCUGCUUCGCUUGGUGGAGCGAAGGGGAUGCAAGCGCCCAGCCUGGCCAGCUGGCCCCACCCACGGAGUAUCCAGUGCCCGAGGGCCCCAGCCCCCUGCUCAGGUCCGUCAGCUUCGUCUGCUGCGGCGCAGGUGGCCUGCUGCUGCUCAUUGGCCUGCUGUGGUCCGUCAAGGCCAGCACCCCGGGGCCACCUCGGUGGGACCCCUACCACCUCUCCAGAGACCUGUACUACCUCACUGUGGAGUCCUCAGAGAAGGAGAGCUGCAGAGGAGAAGCGACUGAGAGAGAAAAGGGGCGAAGAAGUCUGGGCCGUGUAGAGGAAAGAAAAGGCGCGAGAGGAGAAGAGUGCCCGGGUGACCGCGAGGCCUCUGAGGAGUGGCUGAAGACCAGAUCCAUCUACAUGGGGCUGGGAGGGGAGGUCCGGUCACCGCUCAGCUGCCGACUCAGCCGAGGGAGACCUUGGCCAGUCCCCGCAACUCCGCGGGCUCGGUUUCCUCGCCUGUGAAACGGGGGCGAUGACUCCCCUCCCCGCCGCGACUGCUCAUCACCGGGUCCGAGCCCAGCCGCCGCCCCCGGGGGAAGCGCCUUGCUCAGCGCCGGGCGGCAAACGAGGCCCUGUAGGACCGCGGCUGCAGAGACCGUUCCCGCCGCCCGCCUGGGCUCCAGGGCCAGACGGGCUGAGGUCCCCCUGGGCCUCCGUCUCCUUUCCAGGGAGGGGCACUGGCUAGGUGACACGGGACUUGCCGAGGGACUCGCCCUUUCCCUUCUCUGAGCCUGUAGUAGAUGAUGAUAAUGUUUCCCUAGAGGGUCCUGCUUUGUUAAUAGUCACAGAUUACAAAGCCCUUGCCUUUUCCCACCCCCCUUAUGUCCCUUCCCUGUACAAAACCUGGGAGGUGGCCUAAUACCUAUCCCCAAUCUGCAGUUGACAAAAUUCAAGCCCGGAGCAGAGUCA